AUGGGCGGCCGCCUCCCCUUCACCCUGCUCGCGGCCCCGCGCCCAGCACUGCGCUGCCUGCACCACCCCCGAGCGCUGCUCACACCCCUCCUCCACCGCCCCAACACCACCUCCACCCGCACCCCCAGUCCAAAACUCGACUUCCCCGCCCUGGACGCCAAAUGGCGGUCCCACCUCCAACACCCUCCCCCUCCUUCCACCUCCGAGGACAAAAAGAAAUUCUACAUCCUCUCCAUGUUCCCCUACCCCUCGGGCACACUGCACAUGGGCCAUCUGCGCGUCUACACAAUCUCCGACACGCUCUCGCGCUUCCGCCGCAUGCAGGGCCGCCACGUGCUGCACCCCAUGGGCUGGGACGCCUUCGGCCUGCCCGCCGAGAACGCGGCCAUCGAGCGCGGCGUCGACGCCAGGCUGUGGACGGAGCAGAAUAUCGCCGCGAUGAAGAGGCAGUUUGAGGGCAUGGGCGUGGCGUUUGAUUGGGGGAGAGAACUCACGACCUGCAGCCCCGACUACUACACGCACACGCAGCGCCUCUUCCUCAAACUCCACGCCGCAGGCCUCGCCUACCGCGCCGAGUCCCUCGUCAACUGGGACCCCGUCGACCAGACCGUACUCGCAAACGAACAAGUCUCUGCCACCGGCCACUCCUGGCGCUCCGGCGCCCUGGUCGAGCAGAAACUGCUCAAGCAGUGGUUCCUCAAGAUCACAGCCUACCAAGAGUCGCUGCUCGACGACCUCGACGUCCUCAAAGACCUCUGGCCGGAGCGGGUCCGCGCGCAGCAGCGAAACUGGAUCGGCCGCAGCCGCGGCGCAGAGGUCCGCUUCCCCGUCGCGGUCGACGGCGCAGCCGAGCAGACAGUGCAGGUGUUUACAACACGGGUGGACACGCUUCACGGCGCGCAGUACCUCGCGCUGUCGACCUCGCACCCGCUCGUGCAGCGCCUCGCCGCGACCAACGCGGCGCUGGCGCGGUUCGUAAAGGCCGCAGAGGAGAGCAAGGCCGCCUCGCCGGACGGGAAAGCAAAGCACGGGUUCCGUCUCCCGGGCGUAACGGCCACGAACCCGCUCCUCCCUGGGGCGCCGCCGCUACCAGUGUUUGCGGCCGAGUAUGUGCUCGAUGGGUAUGGCGAAGGCGCGGUCAUGGGUGUGCCCGGCCACGACGUCCGCGAUGCAGCGUUCUGGGCGCAGAACUGUCCGGGGGAGGGGGUCAAGACCGUUAUCCUCCCUCCGGCCGGUGCUGCUGGCGCGGAGGUGUUUACGGCGCACGGGGUCCUGUCGGGGGACUGCGGUGAGUUUGCUGGUAUGGCCUCGGCGGAGGCGCAGAAGGCGAUUGUGGACCGGCUGGGGGAGAAGUGGGCGAAUGAGAAGACACAGUGGCGGCUGAGGGAUUGGCUGGUGAGUCGGCAGCGGUAUUGGGGGACGCCGAUCCCGAUGGUGCAUUGUGAUGCUUGUGGGGUUGUGCCGGUGAAGGAGGAGGAUCUGCCCGUGCGGCUACCGGAGGGGGUGGAUAUCAAGGGGAGGGGAGGGAGUCCAUUGGCGGCAGUGGAGGAAUGGGUUAAUACGACGUGCCCGACCUGUGGUGGGAAGGCGAAGAGGGAUACGGAUACGAUGGAUACGUUUGUGGAUAGUAGUUGGUAUUAUAUGCGUUUUGUGGACCCGCAUAAUGAGAAAGAACUCUUCUCUAAAGAAUCCACCUCCCUCCUCCCCGUCGACCUCUACAUCGGCGGCGUCGAACACGCAAUCCUGCACCUCCUCUACUCCCGCUUCAUCGCCAAAUUCCUGCACUCCUCCGGCCACUGGCCGUCCGGCGGCGGCGCCGCCAACGCCGCCGAACCCUUCCGCAAGCUCAUCACGCAGGGCAUGGUCCACGGCCGCACCUACACGCACCCGUCCACGGGCAAGUUCCUCACGCCGUCCGACCUAGCCGCCGACGGCACCAUCGCCGGCACAGACGGCGUGCAGCCAACCGUCACGUACGAGAAGAUGUCCAAGAGCAAGCACAACGGCGUUGAUCCUGCUGCCACGAUUGCAACGUAUGGCGCGGAUGCGACGAGGGCGCAUGUGUUGUUCCAAGCGGCGGUCGAGGACGUGCUGGAGUGGGACGAGCACAGGAUUGUGGGCAUACAGCGGUGGUUUGGGAGGGUGUGGGGGCUGGUCUCCACCACUGCUGCUGCUGGUGAAGUGCCGAGCGACCCGGAUGCAGCAGUGGUGGCAGAGACGACGGCGGAGAAGCGACUGUGGAGGGAGGUGCAGGUGACGCUGAAGGAGGUGACGUCCUCAUUUUCAGAGACGUACGCGCUGAACACGGUCAUCAGCACGCUGACGAAGCUGACCAACACGCUGCACGGCCUAAAGCCCGGUGCGGGCGUCGGCGCGGGCGUGCGGUAUAGGGCGCUCGAGACGCUGGUGCACAUGAUGGCGCCUGUUGCGCCGGCGUUUGCGAGCGAGUGCUGGGCGGUGCUGCGGCCGGGGGCGGCGCCGGUGCUGCAGCGGGGGUGGCCGGCCGUUGAUGUGGCGGCGCUGGAGGGCGUGGUGGAGGAGCGUGUGAGGUGUGCGGUGCAGGUGGACGGGAAGGUGAGGCUUGUGAUGGAGGUGGAGGCGGAGAGGAUGGCGGCGGAGGGGGCGGCGGAGUAUGUGUUGGAGAGGUUUCUGGGUACGAGGGAGGGGGGGAAGUGGGUUGGGGGACGGGAGAGGGUGGUGAAGAGUGUGGUGGCGGGAGGGGGGAGGGUGGUCAAUUUUGUGGUGGGGAAGUAG